GAGAGUGGUUUCAUUUUAAGGUUUGGCUCUGCACAGGCAGCUACAGAGACUGGUUUCAUUCCUAGCAGAAACACAUACUCUGAGAGUAAGAGCCAGCUACAGAAACUGGUUUCAUAUGUAGCUGACACACAGCACAGCCAACUACAGAGAGUGGUUUCAUUUUUAGCUGACACACUUGCACAAGCAGCUCAGCUAUAGAGACUGGUUUCAUUUCUAAAUGACAGGCUGCACAGCCAACUACAGAGACUGGUUUCAUUUCUAGCAGAGAUAUAUAAAAGCGUGUCACAGAGCCUCUAGGUUCCAUAUUUUGCCGAGACACUGCACAGACAGCUACAGAAGGUGGUCUCUAGGAGGAUUUUUGAGAACUUGAGGAUUAUGCCUUACUGCUACUCUCGUCUGCUGGCCCAGCAUCCCUAUGUGGUGGUUAUCCUGGGCUUUGUGGUGACAGCAUCUUGCCUAGCAGUGGUAGUAACCAUAGCAAAUAAACCAAACUUCUCUGAUCCCAAAGCAGGCUUUGAGCCACGUGGUACAGAGAUCAGUGCCCGUGCUAUCAGUUGGCAGCAGUUAGUAGAUGCCACAGGUCUGGAUGCAGAGUCCACUCUCACUCCGUUUCCACGCCUCACAAUACAAGACCCCAGCAGCCAUUUUCAUUCUGUAAGUGGAGGAUAUAAAAACACAUCCCGCAGCAGGCGCUCAGGAAGGGACCAUGGCCAAACAUCCUCUCUGACCUUCUGUGAUGACCCUAGGAAGGAGUACGCUCAUUUUGCCUACCGCAGUGUAUCAGGAGAGUCUCUGUUCACGUCUCACAGCAUCCAUGCCAUGUGUCACCUGGAGGAGCACCUGGUUCAGCUCCAGGCCGACUUUGUCCACAACUGUGUCAAGCAAGACACCCAGGAGAAGGAGGAGGACUGCUGCUUCAGCUGGACCCUGGGGAAUUAUAUUGCACUGCUCAGUGAAAAACCCUCCUGCUACGAUGUGACCCAAGAUGAUAUCAUUGCAGUUCUGAGUACUCUCCAGAGGUGUGCUGGGUUCUUCAAGAACGCCACUCUGACCUCCGACUGUGCCAGCAGGCAAGAGCUCCACUGUCAGGACCUGCCACCCGAGUGCACUGCCAACAAUGCCGUCUAUCAACUUUUCCAUUUUAUUUUAGAUAGAGACUUUUCGACAGCCAUUCUACAAAACCAAAGUGAGAUUCCAACAUUGAAGUAUGUCAUGACUUUUCUCCCCGUAGCAAGAGGACCAAAUCUGAUGCAGUUGUAUAAAAAGAUGGAAAGAUCAGAAACCUCUAUGGGUGACGUGGAGGUGUUUGCUAUAGAUUUUGGCAUCAAGUAUGCCAUGUUUGACAACUACUUGGUAACAGAUACUCUCUACCUGGGUCUGGCAUCCCUGGUGAUCUUCCUGGUGCUAUGGUUGUACACAUCUUCAAUUUUCAUCACUUUCAUGACUCUCAUCACCAUCAUCAUCACUCUCCUCAUCUCAUACUUCAUCUAUACUAUUGUAUUUGACAUCCAGUUCUUCCCCUUCAUGAACUUGCUGACUGUAGUGAUACUUCUAGGCAUAGGUGCCGAUGAUCUGCUCAUCUACAGCAAAAUAUGGAUCAUGUCCAAAUCUGAGAAAAAUAAUGGAACGCUGGAGAAGAUAGUCAAAGACACACUGCAUCAUGCAUCUGUGUCAAUGUUUGUGACUAGUCUGACUACAGCGGGUGCUUUCUAUGCAAGUUAUGUCAGUAACAUCACAGCUAUCAGGUGUUUUGCCAUCUAUGCUGGAACAUCAAUUCUUAUUGCAUUUUUUCUCAUGGUCACUAUAAUCCCAGCAUGUAUUGUUAUUCAUGAAAAAUGGAUGUCAGACUGUUGGUCUUGCUAUGAUCCCGAUGCGUAUAUGCCCAAAAAGACAGUUUGUUAUUAUUUGUGCCGAAUACCGUACAAAGUACAUUAUUUGAUCACCGAUUGGUCAAGAAUAUUUUUUGAAAAGCUUUUACCAUGUAUUGUUGUCAAGUUGCGCUAUUUUUGGAUUGUUAUAUUUACCGGAUUUGGUAUAUGUGGUAUUGUUGUGAUUUUCUACAAACCAAAACUGCGGAUACCCUCCACAGCAGAGUUUCAUGUAUUCUCUGCAGACAACCCAAUGGAGAUUUACGACACACACGUCAAACAGAAAUUUUGGUUUGAAACAUCAGACCUUAAUCAUAUUUCAAACAUGCCUUUAACAUUUGUGUGGGGUGUUGUCCCAAAAGACAAUGGGAACAGGCUAGAUCCUCAUGAUAGAGGCUCCCUUGAAUAUGACAAAACUUUUAACCCAGCUACUCCUGUUGCUCAAAGAUGGCUGCUCCAAUUCUGUAGGAAGCUGAGGGAGACCACAUUCUACCAGGGGUUUGGCUUUGAGAUAAUGAAUUGCUUUAGUGAACAGUUCCAUGGGCAGUUGUUCAUGGAGAGACCUUGUACUGGAGACCUGGGUGAGAGCCAUGUUCCUUGCUGUAGUGAAACCAUAUUCCCUUAUCCAGAUGAGGUGUACAUCGACUGUGUCAACCAGUACAUGGACACAAUGAGAGGAGAUCCAGUUUACUCUCGCCUCUACAGCAAAGCUGUCCCUGGACCCAGAUAUGAAAAGGGCAACCCUCGAAUGAAGGCAUUAAUCAUCGAAUUCAAUGGAAACACACCUUAUUCAUUUUCAUACUCUUCUAUCAAUAGUUUUUAUAACAAUGUUUCUGACUGGUUCAGAAAACAGAUGGAGUCUGCUCCUGUAGAAAUGAGUGGAGGGUAUUUUACCAGUGACUUACAGUUUUAUGAUCUUCAGGACAGUUUGUCCAAUGGUAUACCGAAGACUUUAAUUAUAUCUCUCUCAAUAGCAACUGCUGUGAUGUUUCUUACUACACUUAAUAUACUGAUCACUGUUUAUGCUUUGAUUAGCAUUAUAUGGACCAUCUCCAUGAGCCUGGGAAUCCUGGUUCUUCUGGGGUGGGAGCUGAAUAUAUUAGAAUCUCUUACAGUAUCUAUAGCUGUGGGUUUAUCAAUAGACUAUACCCUUCACUAUGGGGUGUCCUACAGACUGGCAGGCGAGAUGGAGAGGGAGUUGAGAGUAGUUUACUCUCUGGCACAGAUGGGUCCUCCUCUCUCCAUGGCCGCCUGCACCAGUUUCCUGGCUGGAGGCUUGAUGCUGCCCUCCACUGUCCUGGCAUACAAGCAGAUAGGAACCUUUCUCAUGGUGAUCAUGUCCUCCAGCUGGUUGUGCUCAACCCUUUUCUUCCAGUCAGUAUUGCGUGCCGUAGGUCCACAGGGAAACUUUGGUCAGUUCCGCUGUCCAGAUGUCCAGUGCUGCAGCUCGGGAAUACCACAUCCUCAGCACAAAGACAAGACCCGUUAUCUUCAGGUAGGCUCUCCACAGCACUCCAGCACCAAUCCUACUAGUACCUCAGAGACCCAUGAGAUGGAGCCACUUACAUGGAAGAGUCAUCAAUCCCAGCAUGCACCCAGUCCUCGCCUAGCAACACACACCUCUACAGGCUACAUUAGCCCCAAGUUACUCACUGUGAAACAGUGCCAGGAGCAAGCAGCCGGGAGGGUAGCAAGGAGUCGACGAACCAUGGAUGAUGAUAAAAAUGGAAAGAAGGCCUAUAGUAUAAAUAAAAAUUUACUUAUUCAGACAAACUCACCAAAACCAAAGAUUAGUGUUAAAGUGUUGAAUCCAAACGGUUCUUUUGAGACUAGAGUUCAGGACAGUGUUUGAUGUCUAUUAAAUGUAUCACACUGAAAAUAAUAAUGUUAAUACUCAGGAAAAGGCUGUUUUAUUUGAUCAUAACCAGUCAUUCUCUACUUUCAUGUGUUAAAAAGAUGACUAUUCAAGGGAUUUCUUUUGUAUUGCGAUAGCUUUAAAAAGUAGAGUAUUGCUUACCAUUGAAGUGAGUUGCAAUAAUAAUGAUGAAAGGCUUCUUAUUCCACAUUUUACUUGAGGUGUUCAGUCUGUUUUAUAGUUACCUUACAGAAAGUUAUGUAGAAUAAUGAAUCCUGCAUGUAGGAAGAAUAGAAGGUAAUUGGCCAUUACCUAUUAUUGCACCCAUCCCAGAGAAGAUAAGUUUUUAUUUAAAAACAUGAAAAAAAUCAUGGUUUAGAUAUUUUGAUUUUUUCAUUUUGUAAUCUUGAAUUUCGCCAAAAAUGUUAUUUUCAGUAUGUAUUAACCAAAGGAUGGACAUUGUACCUUGUGCCAUUACUAAGGAAUAUAGCAUACUGUUUGUGCUUUAUUCAUUUUUAAGUAGUAUAAGAUUAACAAUUGAUCUGCUGCAAAUGCCAUGUCAUAAAUUAUGAAGAAUUGUUAGUUCUUGGGUAGGUUUUGUAGUUUUUCUAACUGUAUUAUGAUUAUUUAACAGUUAGAACCAUUUGUAAUCAGCUGGCCUGAGUAAAGACUUUAAGUGCUUUUUAAAAAUGUUUAUCAAAACCAUAAGAAAGUUACAUUUAUCAACCGACAGGCCUUUUUUUUUCACAAGGAAGGUAUUUUAGCCUAUAUUUUAUGCCCAGCCUUUAUUACUGGAUAACAGUAUUUUUAAGUUGAUAAUCUUAAACUUACAAGCCUUAAAAAGGAUAAUACGUCUAUUUAUUACUGUGGUACAUGUAGUAAUGAUAGCAGUGCUGAUACCUUAUUGGCUUGUGGCGUUCCAUGAUGGCAAUACCACAUGAAAUAUAAACUUAAUCAAAUUUGA